AUGUUCUCCAAGCGCAAAACCCGACCUAUAUCAACCGCAUUCUUUCUGAUCGUUGCAACGUACAUUCUCUUCUUCUGGCUACCGAGGACACAAACUCCCCGGAGUCGUCUCACAAAGCCAAUCUCCAGAAAAGAUAGCACUAUCCGGCAAGAUGCCAUCCGUCUGGAUAAAGUGACUGCGCGAUACCCCGUUGCGCAAUAUAUCCCGCUACCACAGGGCUCAGUGACAAUCCCCCGCAUCCAGCAUGACUUUCCGAAAGAAACCCCCAGCGAGCGCAACGAGAGACUCAAAAAGCGAGAUGCUGUGAAGGAGGCAUUCCUAUACUCCUGGAAUGGAUAUAAGGAUUUCGCAUGGAUGCGAGACGAGCUGAAACCUCGCACUGGAGGGUAUGACGAUACCUUCAACGGUUGGGGUGCCACCCUCGUUGACUCGCUGGAUGCGCUUAUUAUCAUGGGACUGGACGAUGAGCUUCAGCUGGCACUGGAGGCUUUGGACGAAAUCGACUUCACAACGACCAAGAGUAGGCAGGUUCCUGUCUUUGAGAUCAUUAUUCGCUACAUGGGCGGCUUCAUUGCUGCUCAUGACCUGACCGAGGGAAAACAUCCUAUCCUGCUGAGAAAGGCUGUCGAACUGGGCGAGAUGAUCUUCAAUGCGUUCGACACCCAUAAUCGCAUGCCCCAAGUGCGGUGGGAUUGGACCAGGUCCGCCAAAAACCAAGAAAUCUACCCCUCAGUGCGCACCAGUUUGGCAGAGAUGGGCUCGUUAACCAUGGAGUUCACUCGCCUUACCCAAUUGACCGGAGAUCCCAAGUACUACGACGCGGUGCAGCGGGUCAUGAACGAGCUCGAGGUCGGCCAAGACAAGACCCGGAUGCCUGGUCUGUGGCCAACAUGGAUCGAUACGGACCAGAUGAGAUUUGACGACUCCGAAUUCACCAUUGGUGCAUGUGCGGAUUCCGCCUACGAAUACUUACCCAAAGAGCACAUCCUCCUAGGUGCACAGACCGACAAGUAUCGUCGGAUGUAUGAAAAGGCCAUUGCGACAUUCAAUGAGAACCUGGUUUUUAGAGCAAUGACCAAGGACGAGAAUCGGCAGGUCCUCUUCACUGCCAACGUUGUUGCAAUGAGAGGCGAUUCAAAGACCUUCCAAUACACACCUGAUCACCUCAAAUGCUUCAUGGGUGGCACCGUGGCCAUCGGAGCCAAGGUCUUCAACCGCCCGGAAGAUAUGGAAGUCGCUAAGGGACUUACCGACGGCUGCGUCUGGGCAUACGACGUGAUGCCCACGGGUAUCAUGCCGGAGAUCUUCAAAGUCAGUCCUUGCAAGAAAGCCGAUAAGUGCCCGUGGGAUGAAGAGCAGUGGAUGUCAGAUGUCAUUUCGCAAACCAUCGAAAACGAGGAGAUGCGCGAAAAGGCAGAGGAACGCAUCAAGACCCUGGGUCUGCCGCCAGGUGUGACUGAUAUCAAGGACGCGGCGUAUAAGCUUAGGUUCGAUUCACUUCUUCGUUUGAUGCACUUCGGCUCAUUGACAUAUUUACUGUACAGACCUGAAGCCCUCGAAUCCCUAUUCGUCAUGUAUCGGAUCACUGGAGAUAAGACUCUCCAAGACUCCGCGUGGCGCAUGUUUAAGAACAUCGAUAAAGCGACGCGGACUAAGUACGGACAUUCUUCCAUCAACGAUGUGCGUCAUGAAAGGCCAAAACACAUGGACAAGAUGGAGAGCUUCUGGCUUGCGGAGACUUUGAAGUACCUCUACCUCAUUUUCUCUGAGCCGGAUCAUAUUAGUCUGGAUGACUAUGUGCUGAGCACCGAAGCACAUCCUUUCAAGCGGCCAAAAGCCUCGGGUCGGUGA